AUGGUGAUAGGAGAGUUAGGACUGGAUAGGGAUGUUAGCGGUGGUGACACUUGCAGAGGAACAAAACCCCAGCUCUCCUCGCCUCCUCGGCUCUUCUUCCUGCCCUAUCAGCCAUCGGUCUCCUCCCCCGACAUCGGCAUCCCGUCUAGUCUUGGAGCUCCACCAGGGUGGUGCGCCUGCGCAAUGGGCGAAGUGGUGUGUGAGAUAUGUGGUAGUGGUAGCAAGCCUCAGCUUAUUGCAAACUGCACUCGAUGCGAUGCGUAUCAGCAUUGUUAUUGCAUGCAGGUGGUUACAUUUGCGAUUCCACAUGAAUGGUAUUGUGAUGAAUGCCAAACAAAUGCUAACGGGGGCCUAAAACCCAGCCAUGGUGGGCAAACUGAGCUCCAAAGACCAUUGCAUGGUUGUGGUCUGACAAAGGAAAUGGAAACUCCAAAGUUGGACAUCAGUCACAGUAAUGUAGUGCAUCAAAUUAGUCCCAAAACUUCAAAGGGAUUUGGGAGUGCUAAAGUGAAAUUUAUUUCUUGUGAAGAAGUGGCACUAUUGAGUAGAGAGAGGCCACAAUAUGGUAGGUCAAAAUUUGGCAUGCGGCAGGUUUGUCCUGCAUCUCCUCAAAAUGUGAAACAGUUGUCCAGUAUGAAGUGCGUAUCCCCCAGUAGGAGUGACACCCAAGUGCAGGCCCUGAAACAAUGUGCUGCUGCAAGUCAUGAUCAGGCCAAGACCGAGGAUGGGUCAGGUUUUGCUAUGCGGAAAAGUCAGGUUCGGCCUGCAUCUCCUCCAAAUGUGAAACAGUCGUCCAAUAAAAAGUGCAUAUCCCCCAGUAGGAGUGGCAUGCAAGUGCAAGCCCUGAAACGAUGUGCUGCUGCAAGACUUGAUGAUCAGGCAAAUAUUGAGGGCAUGUCACAUUUUGCUAUGCGGCAAAGUCAGGUUUGUCCUGCAUCCCCUCCAAAUGCUAAACAGUCGUCCAAUAUGAAGUGCAUGCCCCCCAGUAGUGGUGACACGCAAGUGCAUGCCCUGAAACGAUCUUCUGCUGCAAGUCAUGAUCAGGCAAAAAUUGAGGAUAUAAACAUGAAACGGAAAGCAAGACCUAGUAGUUCAAUGCCUAUAAUUCAUAGAUGUGGGGCAGUUACAGGAAAAGUUGACUCUCAGAUUGAUGACAAAACUAGAGACAAUAAGAUAGUGAAUGCAGAUGAAGGAAAAAUUGACUCCCAGAUUCAGGAUGAGCCUAGGGAAAAGGGGACAUUAUGUGCUCCAGACGAUGAUACUGGAUGCAAAUCUGAAAUGAAGAGUCUGAACCACAAUACUGACGUGCUAAUCACCAUCAAUUCAAGUGCGGAGUAUUCAAGACGCCCACCACCUGCAAUUUGUUGGACGGGAUCCUUUCUUGUCUUUGAUGCUGGAGCAAAGCAUAAUCUUGGCAAAUUUAAAGCUCAGUUCCCAUCGAAAGUGUCAUCCAAAGUUUAUGAUAUUGUCAAGGUGAUGCCCGAUAAUCUACAGUUUGAGUUGUUACCUCGAAUGAGUGACUGGCCAAAGUCUUUUGAGACUAAUCGUCCAGUUCAUGAAGACAUUGGCUUGUUCUUCUUUCCUAAUGAACAUGACGGGCAUGAAAAGAAACACUCUCAUCUCUUGGAAGCCUCCAGCAAUUAUGUUUUGAGGGCAUAUAUUGAUGACAUAAAGUUGUUGAUAUAUUCCUCGGAAGUGCUUCCACCUGAUUCUCAAUGGAUAGAUGGUGAGUGCUACUUAUGGGGGAUUUUUGUGAGAUCGAAGGGAAAGCGCGGUCGUCGCCGAUUUGGUUCAACCAUUGCAUGACCUUUUGGUUUCCCUGUGCAUGAUAGUAUACAACGGUGAAAAGGCAGCCAAAUCCAGAUAUGGUCGAGGGAGCACUCCAUUACACCUAGCAGUCGCAUCUGCAUAUGCUGUAGAUAGCAUUUUCUGUAUCCAUCUGAUUCUGAUACUUGUUUUUAGUUCGGAUGCUGAAACUAACUCCUGUAAAGCCUAUAAGCCGUCAGUCUAACAAAUUCUUGCAAUCUGCAACUAACUGGUCCUGGGAUGUAUCCAUUGUUUGCCAUUUUUGCAUAUUUGAUCUGUUAUGAUUGAAUCCUGCAAAUUGGAGGAUCGCAGGGCAUCCCUUAUCUCGUGGUGUAAAA